AUGGACCAGAUCACUACCAGCUACUGGGCGAUGCUGAUGUUUGACUCCUCGACUAAGUUUCCGGAGAGUGUGCUGAUGGGGCAGUCGGUGUUCCUCGGGAAUUUCGACGAGUGCAUCGAAGUGGAGCACGUGAACACUGGCGUCGGGGUGUUCAGUGGCCAGCAUUGUCUCGCCGAAUUUCGGCAGAAACCAGACUCAGUCCAGAAAUUAAGCCCGCAAAACUUGCCACAUGUGGAAAGCCUCAGAAUAAGAGCUCCUAAUGUGAGAGGCAACGACAGAACUGUCGCUUUUGAUUUAUCUGACUUGAGCCUCACGCUGUCCUACUGUAUUCCAUCAACAUGCAGCGCGAAGGAUUUUGAAGGCAUCUUCAAUUCAUACCUACAAGAUAUGAAUCUCCCUCUAAUGACAUCAGUAGCUGAGGAGUACUGCCAAACUAAUGAGGGAAAAUCGCUCGCUACCGAAGACUGGAUAACCGUCGGUAUUCUUGCUGCCUUUUUACUGCUGAUCGUCUCAAACACUGCGUAUGACCUCAUAGGCAAAGGGCAGAAGAAGGAACUGCUGCUGGCAUUCUCUGUAUAUAGCAAUGGCAAGAAGUUGCUGAGUACGAAAUCUUCUGGGGACACUCUUCAAGCUGUUCACGGUAUCAGGUUUAUUACGAUAUGCUGGGUCAUUCUGGGUCACCGAUACAAGGAGGACAGUGAAGCUCCAAAUAUCAGUCUUAGCAAGUCUUUUGAUUUCUUAACGAAUCCUGGUCGUCUGUAUAUCACUAAUUCAACCCUUUCAGUGGACACAUUUUUUGUACUGAGUGGAUUGUUGCUCGGUUAUAUAUUUCUGAAACAAAUGAAGCAUAAGACAUCUGGUUUCAACAUCCCAAUGUUCUACGUCCAUCGGUAUAUCAGAUUAACUCCGCCUUACGCGAUCGUCAUCCUGAUAAAUGCCACGCUGUACAGAUAUGUAGGCUCCGGUCCUCUGCUUCCAGCAUCUGCCAAUCAGAUGGCAGAGAACUGUCAGAGCAACUGGUGGACAAAUAUCAUCUACAUCAACAAUUAUUUUGACAUGAACCGUACGUGCGUGCCUCAGUCCUGGUACCUCUCCGUGGACAUGCAGUUGUUCCUGCUGUCUCCAAUAGUGCUCUACCCACUGUGGAAAUGGCCUCGAAAGUGGAAUUUUCUUUUGUUAGGAACUCUCGCUAUAGCCGGAGUUGUUUCGCCAUUUACAAUUUCAUAUGUCGAAGAGGUCUCGGCCACUUUCUUUGUGGAAAAACAGAUGGCAGCUGGUUUUGAAAAAGCACAGUUGUACUACGCUACGUAUUCAAGAUUUGGUCCCUGGAUCAUCGGCGUGAUCUUCGGGUACCUUGUGUAUGAAGCAAAGAGGAAGGAAUUGAAGUUGUCAUUGAUACAAGUUACUGCUGGCUGGAUUCUGAGCAUCGUCGCUAUGCUGGCAUCCCUCGACGGAAUUUAUUCGUUUUACCAGCCCGACGCUGAUAAAACCCUAUUGGAGUCUGCCUUUUACAAUGGUCUCUUCCGAAACGUCUGGGCUUUUGGUGUUGGUGUGACGAUCUUCUUGUGUGUGACCGGUUAUGGAGGACCUGUCAACACGCUGCUCUCUUGGAGGGUAAUUACACCACUUAGUCGCCUGACAUACUGCGUGUACCUGACACAUCUGAACUAUCAGAUCGUGGAGUCACGUUCUGCAAGAACUCCCAUCUAUCUCGCUGAUUUAACUGAGUUGCCAACUUUCCUCUCUGACGUCAUAAUUUCGCUGAUACUGGCCGUCAUUCUCUGUUUAGGCUUUGAAGCUCCGGCAAUAAAUCUUGAGAAGCAUCUUCUGGGAAGAGGUAGGAAGACUAAACAAAAUAUCAUUGAAGAAGCGUCCCCACAGAAACAAGAAGGAAGUGACAAGGCAUACACAAAUAAACUGACGGAAGAGCCAGUCGCUUUAGGGGAAGGAAUUCACAACAUUACUGAAGUGGUUGUGAAGGACACGCGGGAAGAUAGGAUGGAACAUCAGAAUAAGGAAUAG